AUGCCCCACACCGCCACACCCGCCAAAGCCCUUGUAUUCUACAGCCACACCCCUCUUCGUUCCACUGAUCAAGUCCCUUCAGUACACGAACUAUGCAUGCGUGGUUGCUCAGGCCAACUGAUGCUCGAAAUGGGCAUUGACACCACUCGACGCGGUAACAUGAUUCAACUCUUGGGUCUCGGGGGUUGCGAUUCGAUCCAACAGAUGCGAGAACAAUUGGUUGCAAGAUUUGGCAAGCUCAAGUUGGGAAUUGUAUCCGAAGCAACAGAAAUCCAAGAACUGGCAACUGCAUUAGGGAUUCCUUUAUUUGAUACCAUCCUACAGUCAUUGGAUCACGUGGAUUGCUUGGUGGUGGACUCACAAUGGGAUGUUAUCAAUGACACCCUCAAUACGGCUAUUGACACUACCCCCAAUCUCUUGAAAUGCGUGGUGAUGCCAGCUACUCCCAUACCUCGUACAAUCGAUUCACAAUGGCAAUCACUCGUCCCUCAGCAAAGUUGUAUGACAAAGAAUGGUGUAUUAGUCGACGUAUCUCAAAGUGAAUCACUUGUUUGUGCGUAUUUGCAUGAAGGAUCUACACGACGAGAUAAUACCACUGAAUUCAGAGCAGGUCUUAUUCAACAACAAGGAUGUAAUGGGUCCAUUCUGGCAUGGCAUUACUUGGCAGAGAUAGGUCAAAAGCUAGGCUAUGUCCCCAAGUACGGUGCAUAA